UAGUAUCAGGUAAAUAGUGUUGUCCUUAAGCCAGGCUGUCUGCCAACGCUAGUUAUUUCACUGUUGACAUAAGACUUACUUUGUUUGAACACGUAAUCAACGAAGAUAUGGUGGAAGUAGAAGUUGUCAAGUACCGUCCCAUCAAGUUGAUAGCUGUGAUCUUCACGGGGAUCGCGUUACUGCUGCUCAUCAUUGGUGUGGCUGCAGCUGAUUGGGUGGAUGUCAAGUUCGUGUCUGUUAAGGAUGGCUGGCGGUCCUGGGGCCUGUGGGAGGAGUGCUAUGAUGUUACCUCAUCCCUAACGGCUUGUGUCAAGAAAGAUUGGAUGUCGGCCUGUGCAGCCUUGACUCUUCUGUCCGUGUUUGGAGCAGUUGGAGCGUUAGGCCUGGGCAUUUUUGGUCUGUGUACACACAAAAGAGUGCUGUACAUCAUUGCUGGAGUGUUGACAGCUGUUGGAGCUUUGUUCAUCCUGAUAUCGGUGAUCAUCUUCCCGGUGAAGUUCUCUGAAGACAUAUCGGAAGCUCAUCGUAGUGACCUGGAACGCUAUGACAUUGACUGGACAUAUGGCGUGACUCUUGGUGGGCUCUUCUUCCUCCUCGGGGCCUCCAUCUUCUUCUUCAUCAAGCAGGAGGACCAGGAAGUGAGCCGAGAGAAGACCUCCAUGCCGGCCUACUACAACAACAGCUACUAGACACGGGCAGCAAGCCAUCUCAUUGAUCCCCAUCUCAUUAACGGACACACAUCUCAUGAGCUGGAAGAGGCCUGUGACAUGUGUAGAGUGGUGGGGCAAUAUAGACCAUGUUCUUUCUCUUUAUCAUGUUUGGGAGGUGGGAUAGCUGAGUGGUUCAAGUGUUUGAUGUCACAAGGCCUGGGUUCGAUUCUUCACAUGGGUUACAAUGUGAAUCGGUUCCUGGUGACCUAUGGCAUCAUGUUGCUGGAAUACUGUAAAUCUUGAAAUUAACAUGAGCGUGAAUUAAAUGCAAGACUUGUAUGAGACACAGAAUAUGUUUUCAACUAUGCCAACCUAUAAUCUUGCACUAGAGAUGCUAACUGCCACAUGCAUCACUAAUCUGUUACCGAUUCCAGGUCUUAUUCAACACAGGCACCAAGCUCACCCCAGUCUUUUUUUAAAUUUGGAUCACAAAUUCUCUGACUCCCAAAAUUUGAAAUGUGAAAACUAAUUAAAAAUGAGAAACAGUGGUUAUGUUAUUCCACAAACCAGAAAAAUAAUCAUUUUCUGUCUUAAUCAAUAUAAAUAAGUUAUUUAAAAUACUAUGAUUAAAUCUUUUGAAACUUUAUCUCAAAACCUUAAGCCACAAUGAAAUAUGAUGAAUCCCUAUGCCUUCCUUCCCCACUUUUUUCUAUUUUUCUACCUUCUUAACAUUUUGAGGAAAUAAAAUAAUUGGUUUAAAUAAUUUUAUUUUUAGCUACCUACCAACCUGAAAUUGUUUGUAGAAAUUUUGUAAGCAAAAAAAAAAAGAAAGAAAAAAUGUCUGGCCCUACUGAUUGCCUUAUAUAAAUGCUGAAUGUGAAACAAUUAGAAUGCAAGCCUCAAGCUUGCAUUGCCUGUAUUGUUAGAAUCUCUGUCAUUGUUGGCCAUUUUCUUUGCUAUUCGAUGUAGUGGAUAUCGUUGUAUACAUAAUCAUUCACCUUUAUGGACAUGUUGUUGACCAACUUAAUAUGACUUAUGUUCAGGCUUUGUUCUAUAAUGAUUUCUUAGACUGAUAGGAUUUCUGUUUCAAUUCAGAACGUAACAGGAUAUGAAAGCACAGGAUUUUUACCAUACCAAGUGCUUGUGGUCCAUUGAUUCACGUUGAUCAAGCCUGUAUUAUCAUCCUUCAUCUUUUUUUUAUGGAUUUUUUAUGACAAGGUAAUGACACAUACUUUGAAGACCUACACUGAACAAAAAGUGUUAGGGAUAAUGAUUUUUGUUGUUGACAUUUUGAUGAAACUUUGUGUUCAGUCUCCACUACAAAAAAUAUCCCCAAAUAUGUUCCUGAUCCCUUAUUUUGUUGGUUCAGUGUAUGUAUAUGUCCAUCAUAGUGCUAUCUGUAGCUCUUGUUCUGUAUAUAUUUGUAUUUAUGUUGCCAUGGUUACAGGGGGAUCCUGUACUUGGUGCUGCUAGGGGACAGCUGUUAUGUUCUCCAUGUAGGCAGAUUGGGGACCACGGGAUUGUAAGGAUUGUGGAAUUUGGUGUAGCAGCUGGAGCUGUUCUUAAUGAAUGAUUGUCACAAACAUUGACAUAUAAAUGAAUCAUGCAAGGAUUGUUUUAGACCUGGAGUUGAGGAUUGCUUUUUAAAUUGUGAUGUAAUUUAGGGUGGUAAAUUGUGACUGGUCCAAGCCCUUAUGUACAUGAGGUGUAUAUUUGUUUUUUCUGUUGCUAAAUUCAGGUGAAAUGAGAAACCUAUUGUUCUGGCCUUACCAAAAAAUUAUAAUUAUUUGUUGUAACUGACCAGAUAUUUUUUUAAUCAGAUGUUAAGUUUAUUAAGUUUCAAUUCCUUACACACGAGAAUGAAAAGUCUGUCCCCGGUAAUAACACUGAUGAUGUCCACACUAACACGUCCAUUUUUACGUCCAUGUGUAUAUAUAUGUCCAUGUAUAUAGUCCACUCACAGAGCAUGGUGCUGGUGCCUUCCUAUUACCAUGAGCUACAAUAUGCAAGUACAGCCAUGUGAUGAGGGGAACAAGAGUUAUGUCCCCUGAAUAGAUGUUUGAAGUCAGUUGAAGGUAGUGUGAAUAUAUGGCUGUUCUAUUUGUUUGAUCUGUAGAUUUGAUCUGUUGAUCGUUUGAUUAAUUUGUUUGGAAUUGGAAUUACAAACUGUGUUCUGUUGUACAUAUAGCUGGUAUAGGUUUGGUGGAUGAUUAACUUAAAUGCAAUAAUGCCUAUUUCUUGAUAUUCCCUUAUUUUUGUGACAAUCUCAUUAAAAUCAUAUCAUUUAUGCUGAUACGAUACUGACCUUCAGGCUUAAAAAAAUAAGAGUUGGUUCUCAAUCAAUGACUUUUAAAAUAUAUUGCGGGUGGGCGGUUGUUUUUUUGUUGCUUGUUCAAACUAGUAUGUAAGCAAAUAAACAGUUGUGUACCAUCAACCUGGGAAAGGGCCUCCCUACAUAAACAAGCAUACAAACUCCUAUUGCCACCAUGACCAUAACACAAGAUCUGCAUACACCAGUGCACAUGUGAAGGAAAAUAACUGCGUGCAGUAAUGGAUCGCAUUGUUUUGAAGUAUUUGGAUUUUUAUUUUUUUUUCAAAAAUGGAAUUAAAAAUGAAACAUGCGGCAGACUUUAUGAUGAUGCGGGCGGUGCCUGAGAACCAAGACUAUUAAUUUUUUUAGCCUCCUUAAGAUCUGAGGACACCUCUGCAGAAGGUCACAUCAGGUGAACCCUAAGUAAACAUUUGACAGCUGCAUCUGUACCGUACCAUCUGUAAGUGAAGGAUGCAUGGCUCUUUUGUCAAUCAGAUGGGCGGUGGGGUAGCCUAGCGGUUAAAGCAUUUUCUCAUUAUGCGGAAAACCCAGGUUCGACUCCCCACAUGGGUCCAAUGUGUGAAGCCAUUUCUGCUGUUCCCUGUUGUAAUAUUACUGGAAUCCUGCUAAAAGCAGCGUAAAACCAUACUCACUCACUCACUCACUUACUAGGCAAUCAGAUUUCUAAACUCACUCGUCAGUCAGAUCUCUAGACUGAUGUGGCUUCAUUUCUUUACUCCACCGAUUUGGAAAUUUGUAUUUUAACAACAGAAAACCCAAUCAGGACACAUGCUUUCCGUGACUCUCUCUCUUUGGUGUAGAGGCCAUGGAACUCACCAACAGCAGAGUGUAUAAAAUAUCCACAACAGUAUAAGGUGGAGGCUUUGUUUGUGUAUAGGGGCGGUCGGGUAGCCUAGUGGUUAAAGCGUUCGCUCGUCACGCCGAAGACCCGGGUUCGAUUACCGACACAGGUACAAUGUGAGAAGCCCAUUUCUAGUGAUAUGAUAUUGCUGGAAUAUUGCUAAAAGCGGCGUAAAACCAUACUCACUCACUUCAUUGUGUAUACUCACGAAAGGGUGUUUUGACUGUAUCAAGAUACAGAAAUACGAUAUACUGGUGUGAAUGCUACACACACUGAUACUCAGAAUUUAGAAACCUUGAUGCUGAUUGGCUGAUCAGUAAGCUCACCUUCUAUGUAGUGUCCUCAGAUCUUCACUCCGAGAAUUAUCGUAUCGGGAAAAAAGACCUCAUUUUAAUUAAAUUGUUUUGUCAUUGUUUCAUACAGCUAUGUUGUUCUAUGUCUUUCUCUAUCAAGUACAUCAGUUUGCUGAUGUUGAUGGUUGUGAGUUUGAAUCCCGAUUUCCUGUUUCUGAUCCUUGGUGUAUGGACACCAUAACCGUGGUGGUAGUCAACAUGUUGAACCUCUAUGAUCUGAAUUUCUUUAAAACGUUCUCCCUCAUGAAGCUCACACGCCAUGAUAUCAAAUGGUGUUGAAAAACAGUGUUUAACCAUAUCAUCACACAGCUGUCUUUUUAUUGCCUAAUAAUAUUAGAUUUUCUGAAUUGAUGAUUAUGAAAAUGAUAUGACUGCUUGACUAACCAGGGUAGUGUUAUUUGUCACUGAAAUUAUUUUGAUGAAUUAACCAUUUAGUGUCUUCGCACAUUCCUGUAGAACUGCUGAACUGUUUAAUAUUUUCUGUUACUCGUGUCAUGGUUUUAGUGGCCUUGAAGCCAGGGACAGGACCUGCCAUUCUUUAUGCUGAAGAGGGGGCUGAAAUUUGGUUAAAAAAAAUAUACCAGAAAACAAUGGACAUAAUAUUUUGACCCAGACUUUGACGCUGUAAUGAUCUGUGCAGAGUAGCCUCCCUUAGGCAUUCCAGGAACCUAUGAUUGUGGGUUUGAAUCCUUGUUCACCCUGAUUAUGUUUCUUAAAGUGGUAAACAUCGAAGAACUGCAUCACUUCGGGCUUUCCUCUCACAUUUAGCUGACGAGCCGUGAUAUGACACGAAUACUGUUCUAAGCGGAGUUAAACUCACCCAUUCACUCACUAUGGUGGAGGUAUAUCAGCUUCUGUAGUGCUGGAAGGAAGGUAAAACACAACCCAGUUCUCACUCCACUGUAGCAAAUGUAAAUACUCAUUGCAAUGAUUAGUUUUUUUAAGUGUAUUGUAAGGAAAUCUUGAUGUUAUAUUUUUCUGCUAAGUUAUACAAUAUGUGAAUAUUCCACUGCAGUGUCUUCAUCUCAUGUUUUGCAUAAUACUUACAACAUACGAUUGUCUUUUUCUAAAUGAUUUGCUUGUAAUGUUGUGUUGGUUGAUCUAUAUUUGGUGCUUGAUAUUUAUUAGAUAACAUUUCUGAUGACAGUCAACCCGGGAAAUAUAAGGCCAAUAUAGAGUGACAGACACUUUCAUUAUCAUUGUGGUAAUUCAUUCAGAAACUUUCUGAAAGUUGAAGCAGCUGGAAAAGAAAUAAAUUAAACAUAAAAAGGUUUAUUUCUAUAAUGUCUCCCACUAGUAAUUUAGACCCGCUUAUACAAUCUAAUGUUGUACAACAAUUCCAUGGCUACAUCACUAUCAGUGAUUCAAAAAGCCAGUGGGGCGGUUGGGUAGCCCAGUGGUUAAAGUAUUCGCUCGUCACGCCGAAGACCCGGAUUUGAUUCCCGACAUUGGUACAAUGUGCGAAGCCCAUUUCUGGUGUCCCCCGCUGUGAUUUUCUGGAAUCUUGCUAAAAGCGGCGUGACUGACCUUGUGUGGAAAAACUGGAUAACUCUGUGAAACAUAAAAUAAAUAAAGUAUGGCCUAUUUGGUUAAUACUUAUUCAGAGGGGCGCUGGGAUAGCCUUGUGGUUAAAGCAUUCAUAUUCAAUAUAUUUUUACUCUCAUGGGUCCAUUUAGAAAUUAAUUCUACUCUUAUGCUAUACAACAGGAUGUAUAAUAAGUAUAAUAUCAUGAACAAUAUAAUAGAUCAGCUUUAUUUUUUCCCACCCGGAACUGUCCAAUUAACUUGAGAUUUAAUUCUAAGCUGCUAUUACUUGUGUAGACAACAAAUGAUGGAAAGUUCAGUUAUCUUGUCAUCUUUUUGCUGGUUAAUUUCCAAGGUUGACUGUCUUUUUUUCCUCCUCUGUCUCAGUUGUUGAUUUGUAGCAGGGAUUGUCAGCAAAUCUGUGUUCGUGUGUUCAAUAUUUUUACUUCUGAUGUAUUUAUUAAUGUUGAUCGAAAACAAAACUCAGUUGAUCAUGAAAAACAACUACUGUAUUUGACGUAGUAAGCACCCAGGGCGCUCUCAAAAAUAGGGGGCUCUCGUAGAAUAAAAAAUUGGUGAAAAAAACACACAGAGUUGAACGAUCGUCAAUUUCGUGGUUUAUGCUGACAGCGUGAAAUGAUACAAACGAAAAGUCUGUGCAUAUUAUAUACGACAGAUAUAUUUUUGCCAAUAAAUAAGGGUGCAUAUUACACAUGAGUGGGUAUUAUACUCGAAUAAAUAAGUCUUGUGUACAUUGAUCAAUCGGAAGGGGUGCUAAUUGGGAUUGUUCACUAGCCAAUAUAUGAACAAAUAUCACCGCUUAUUAGAGCUGGGCGCUUACUAUGUCAAAUAUGGUACUCAUCAUGCACCUAAUCAGAAAACGUUGCACAUGCAUUGUGUAUUUGGCUGUUUUAUCACAGACCCAUGCCUGUAUUAGCAUACAAGGUACCAUAGUCACUGUAUUAAGCACCCUGCUGCAAAACCUCCCCCUGACCAAAUUCUAGAUCAGUUGGUAAGUAAUAUUUGUAAGCAUCCCUACAGGGACAGCCUUAUUUUUGUGUUUUUUACAGAAAACAAUAGCAUGGAAGGGGCAUAUAAUUGCAUUGUAACUAUUAUCAAUAACAUUUAGGUUGAGUCGAAGUUUGAAAUUAAUUUGUUCAUUACCAUUCAACCUCUGAAAAGAAUUUUAACUUGUGUUUGGUUUUGAUUAGCAGACCCUUUGUCCAUUUUUUUAAGAGCUCGGGCACUUAUUACAGUGAAUAUGGUACCACCAAUUAAUAAUGCUUGUUUUUUUCUCCUAUUUGUUUCUGAUACAUGUUGUAACUUAAGGUGCCAUCAGUGCACUGUCAUGCGUUCACGUUUACUCAUGUAAACGGCUUAUGUGUGUCUAUAUUUUCUCAUCACCAGGUAGAUUGUCAUGUGAAUCUCAUGCCAGAGCUAGCCUAUAGAAUUUACCAUUUUUGUAGAAGCACAUUCUGUUGCUCUGUGAGGCUCAUGCAGGAAGGUCUUAAGAUAAUACAUAGCUCACGAAGCAUACAUUCUGAUAUAUCAUGUGUGGAUUUCCUUCAUGAUGUCCCCAAAGACAUAGUUGCUUGAUUGACCAAGAAACGAAUCUUCAUGAUGAGCUGAAUUGAAUGAUCUGACUGAAGACAAUAUUGACUAAUGGACAUCCAUUAUUUUGUUCUUUCAGUGCAGCAUUUCAGUACCGGUGAAGAAGACUAACAUUUAGUUCCCAAAGUAAAGUUAUCUCGUUUUGAAAAUAUAUAUCUACUGAACAAAAAAUUAAGAUCCAGAUGUUGCCCAGAACAAUGCUUAAUACCAGGCCUAGAGCAUUGCCAAAUCAUUCUAGACUUGAGUUGGAUUCAUUUUGAAUUUAUUUUCUUGGGUCUGGGAGACAGACUACAGGUGAAAUUCACAUCAAACGUGUACCAAAAUGUUGCAUUGAAAGAAACAAGAAGUCCAACCUCACAAGUAAACUCUGUGUUCAUAGAUUGUUCGGCUUCUUUGGCACUUCAAGAUGAGAUUUACUGACUGCCAGAACCGAACAGAUUACACGUGCAUCCACAUUAUGUUACUCAUGCUUGUUUUAUGAUUUUUUACAUAUUGCAAGGUAUCUGAAAUAUGUUCCUAGAUUAUAUAUCUUCCUAGAUCUCCGUAUGUAUCCUGUGGCUGAUUGUGUACCUGUUGUAUAUGAUGGCCAGCGUGAUGGUCUAAACCAUUCCAUGGUAUAAUCACCAUAGGUUAAACGUAUUGAAGAUUGAAAUAUGGCAAAUGUGUUAAUUUUGUGUGAUUAAUGUUUAACGAUUAUUUUAUUCACAUACAUUAGCAUAUUUACUAAUUACUUGAUACAAAUGGUUUUGGUGGAUGUUUUCACUUUGUUUUGAUCAUGUCAAUUAAUUAUCAAUUAGUUGAUUAAUUAUCUAGUUAAGGAGAAUGGCAGUGUUAAUCAUGCUAAUCUUGACCAGUUCCACAAAGCGAUCUUAGUGCUACGAUGACCGCAAUUCUGUGUUAAAGUAUGGGAGGUACGAUCACAUACGUAAGAUCGCUUCAUGUAAUGGUCUGGAGGCACUCUUUCUCAACAUGGAAGGUUGAUUGUGUGUGUAAGAGCCUAUUGCUUCAGGUUUAACAGUUCUGAUACAAUUUGGCAGCUGGAAAAUCAGCUUGGUUUCAUUAGGUUGUGACCGCUAUGGAUGAAAUCCUUCUCAGCGCUCAGAUGUUGUGUGAUGUCCAGUAGGAACUUCAUAGACUUGUAGACAAUGGCUGAGGUCAUGUUGUGCAUGUUGUGGGUCUAGAUCAAACUUUUAGGACUCAUGGCUAGGCAUUAUUUUUGUUUAAAUUAUGAGUGAAAUAUGGUUCUAGAACAAAUGUUUGUUAGGUGAUAUUUGUUUUUCAUAUGUAUAUUUUAGUAUUUCCACAACAAGUCCUCUAUUUGUUCUUCAAAAAUGUUUUUAAUUAAUUAGUUUUGUUAUGAAAAUUACAAUUUUGUUGUUUAUUCAAAGAUGAAAGGAUUUUGCUAUUUUCUCAUAACACAUGGUUUACACUCAGAGGGGUACACAAAGUAUGGGAUCUAGACCACCAGUCGUCAGACUUUCAUUUUUGUGGAAGCCUCGGUGGAUGAGUGGGUUAGAUUGCUGACUUUGUGUGCUGGCGUUUAGGUGCCUCACUCUGAGAGUGUUGGUUUGAAUACUGGAUGGUUCUCAACCCCAAAAAGUACUAGAAUCUGUACUUUACGAAGAAAGUAUUAUCACAAAAAUAACAUUUCUUACAGAUGGUAAUAUAUUACUAUAUGUUUGAAUUUCUAUAACAGAUACUAUUGAUUUAGAGGAAUAUAUUCUGUUGUCACUGAUUACUUUCUGGCUGUCAAUAAUAAUUUGUCCCAAAAACUUUGAAGAUAUUCGAAGAACAGUUAUUUUAUUUGUUGUGACCUUAUUCAAAUGUAAUGGAUAGGACAGCAUGAAACUGUGGUUUUGUUGAAGACAGAGCAUGAGAACCUGUUCGCUGAUCGUCUAGGAACAAGGCCUGCCUUUAGGUUGCAAUAGACCCUUUGAAGAUGUGGUUGUGACUUGUGAUUGUAAAACAUAUUUUUAUAUUUUGUUCAUAUACGCCUCAUUGUGUUGGUUUGCUAUUUAUGGCUUAUCUAGUACCUCAAGUUAAUCUUCAUCAAUCAGGUCAUGUCUUUAUUAUGGUACACUCUCCUGUUAUACAUUGUCUUACUGGAUGUGAUCAGCUGAAACAUUUGAAUUCAUGAUUAUAUAUUUAGAAGCGUUACUCCUGAGAACAAUUAAUUUGAUUGUUUACUCGAUUACCCUAUCCUAAAUUCUGCACAAGUGAAAUAUAAUAAUUUUGAAGGCUAUUGUACCAUAUUGUUAACAGUUUGGUUUUUAUUUUUGUUAUCUUUUAUUUCAAGAGGAAAUCAACGAUGAAAUUUCCAGCACCUGCAUCUUGAUAUCUUCCAUAUCAGAACAAAUGGGAUUGAGCUGGUCGUAGCAUUUUCUGAAACAUUUUUUUAUGUAUAUUUCUAAACGCCAUAUUGUAUCUGUCAACAAAAUGUUUUUAACGCUUUGCAAGAAUCAGAAACCUGAUAAAGAUAUUUCAAAGUUGAAAGAAAAAACAUAUUGUGAUAAUAAUUUUGAAGAGACCUUCUUAGUUAUAUCUGCUAAUGGGAUGUGUUGAUUGUUAUACAUGUACAUGAUAGUUAAAACUCUUUGAAUUGACUCUGUAGGACUUUUGAAAAUUUAUGAAAGUAAUGGCAUCAAGACCAGCAAGAGGAAUAUUUAUCUAACAUUUUGGUGCACAGUGAGAAACUUUCUGUUCAGAUUUGUUACCACAUGGGUAGCUGCUGAUGUCUUGUAAACUUCAGGCUGAGAUGAAUGUAGUUGCUAUGUAGGCACCCACCUAUCUAGGCUUCACUUGGCAUUAUUCUGUUAGCUUGUUUAUCUAUAUAACAAAUAAAGCAAUACCUUUUUUAUUAA